UGUCUUUCCACUUGGUAAAUGACAAUUCAGGAAGUUCCUUUCUGGUUGGGGUUUGGGGAUUUACAUAGUAUUUAGGCUUAGCACCAAACUCAUUCAUAUCAUGGUACAAACACACCUUUCAUCCUGGUAUUAGCACAAAUUUGUUGUGUCUGUCUAUGAUUUCAUCUUAUUGCUGUUGAUUGUGUAAUAUUAACAUUAACAUGAUGCAUAUGGAUGAUGAGAGAGUAAGAAUGUUGUUUCUUCUGUUGCUGAUGCCACUGCCAACUGUUCUGGGUUGGGGAAAGGAGGGCCACUAUGUCAUUUGCAAGAUUGCACAGGGGUAUCUUAGUGAAGGUGCUCUGUUUUCUGUGAAACAAUUGCUUCCAGAUUCUGCUGAAGGUGAUCUUGCUGCAGUCUGCUCUUGGGCUGACGAGGUUAGGUUUAAUUACCACUAUCGUUGGAGUAGUGCUUUACAUUAUGUUGACACGCCGGAUUUCAAGUGUAACUACGAAUACUGCAGAGACUGCCAUGAUUCUUCCAAGCAUAAACAUAGGUGUGUAACGGGAGCAAUAUACAACUAUACAAUGCAACUUAAAUCAGUUGAUGCAGGAUCUGAACUAAACUAUAAUUUGACCGAGGCACUUCUAUUCUUGGCACAUUUUGUUGGGGAUGUUCAUCAGCCCCUACAUGUUGGUUUCAUUGGAGACCUAGGUGGAAAUUCAAUUACAGUUCGUUGGUACAGAAGGAAAACAAAUCUCCAUCAUGUGUGGGAUGACAUGAUUAUUCAGUCUGCUCUAAAAACAUUCUAUGAUUCAGAUCUUUCUAUUAUGAUACAAACUAUUCAAAGGAAUAUUACAGAUAAUUGGUCAAAUGAUGUAUCAAAUUGGGAACAUUGUGCACACAACUACACUGCCUGUCCAGAUCGGUAUGCUUCUGAAAGCAUUAGUUUAGCAUGCAAAUUUGCUUACAAGAAUGCUACACCAGGAAGCACUUUAGAAGAUGAGUACUUCCUUUCUCGAUUGCCUAUUGUGGAAAAAAGGCUGGCUCAAGGUGGUGUGCGACUAGCAGCUGUCCUCAACAAUAUCUUUGCUUCUAAGACCAGAACUGCUCAAGCUUGAAGACAUCUUCAGGAGUUCAGCAUCCAUGAUAAAUAUUGCUGUCACUGUGUAUCUACCAAAAGGAGAGACCUUCAGUACUCUUCUCUUGCCAACUCUUUUAAUAUAAAGUAGCACAGUUCUUCUUGAUUUGCUUAUAUGCCCGUUCACUGAUCCUAAAGGAUAAUUUGCUUGAUUUGGACUAUAAGCACAUUACCUAAAACAUUAUAAAGAGUUUCUAUGUUGUUUGUGAUUUUUCUACUUAAUCACACUUGUAAAUACUUAUCAUUCAAAAUACAUAUCUUUUACACCA